UGGCGGGGAGACAGUCGCCCGCGUGACGCGCUACGGAUCGCACGCGCGUACAUCACGAACAAGUACGGCGAACGGUGCAUUCAAUACCGGACACCGAACAAAAAAUUGACGUUAACAAUACUCGGCAACUGGAGCUUUAACAAGCGUGUUUCACGCACCUGAUUUUCGGCGAGAAGUGAGAAAAAGGCAUUAAAGUGGCGACGUUGGGCGCGCGCGUGGAAUGCGCAGGAGUGGAUUUAUUUAAUUCGCGGCCACGCACAGACUCCGCCGUGUCUCCUUCGGAACACCCGGCCAUGGCGACCGAAACCGUGUGGCACCCAGGCGGCGCCGCGGCCGGUGGCGAGCAGCAGUACUCCCUGCGGUGGAACGACUUUCAUUCGGCCAUAGUUUCCUCGUUCAGGCGGUUGAGGGAUGAAGAGGACUUCGUUGAUGUGACGCUCGCUUGUGCGGGCGCUACUUUCACAGCUCAUAAGGUGGUAUUAUCAGCGUGCAGCCCGUACUUCCGCAGAUUAUUGAAGGCGAAUCCGUGUCAACACCCCAUUGUUAUACUGCGAGAUGUGCACGACAAAGACAUGGAGAGUCUGCUGAGGUUCAUGUACCAAGGCGAGGUGCACAUCGGCCAGGAGCAGCUCAAGGAGUUCCUCCGCGCCGCUCAGCUGCUGCAAGUGAGAGGGCUCACUGAUGUCCCUCCUCCCGCGCCCCUCACUACAUUGGAGCAGAAGGCCUCGCCAUCGGCCUCAUCGUGGACAGAGACGGGUAGCGCGGCGUCCCGCGAAGGCCGCGACUCGCAGCGCGAGGGCCGCCGCGCGCGCCGCCCGGACGAAGCUGCCAGCACGCCGCCGCCCAAGCGGGCCAGAUCCUCCGAUCUGUACCAGGCGCAGAUGAAGACCAGGUGUAGGACGGAACAGCUGCUGGCUGCGCAGGGCAGUCCCGAGCGGAUGGGCACCAACGGCCACGACCUGGCCCUCUUCAGCCACGCCCUGGAGAACGUGCAGAACCCACACUUGUCUAACGUUUCUAAUAAUAUGUCAGGAGAUGGCGAGGAAUCAUCAUCAGAUGCCGGAGCGAGUGACACUGAAGGGGACAACAGGACCAAGCAGGAGCCAGUAGACUACGACGACCCAGCGACCAUGGCUAAUACUAACGGAGCUCUGCCACACAACUUCCCUGGAUUGCUAAAUUUACCCGGUUUUCCCGGACUGCCGGGCCCAUCAGGAAUACCAGAUAAUUUCGGUGGUUGUCGUCGCACUCAAGACCUGCUGCGCGUGAGAGCUACGGAUCCCAGGCCUUGUCCAAAAUGCGGAAAAAUAUAUCGAUCGGCUCACACUCUACGGACUCAUCUUGAAGAUAAACAUACCGUCUGCCCUGGUUACAGAUGCGUGCUCUGCGGCACAGUAGCGAAGUCCCGGAACUCACUGCACUCUCACAUGUCCCGACAACACCGCGGUAUCUCGACCAAGGACCUGCCCGUACUGCAAAUGCCAACCCGUUUUGAUCCAGAACUUGCAAGCCAAUUACUAGCCAAAGCUGGAGUGAAGGUAUCCCCAGAACAGUUACGAGCACGCGCUUCCCCGACCGGACCGAGACGAUCUGACAUCAAACUGGACGCCAAGUCUGCAGCAUCCGAGAGCAGCUCCAUUUGUGGAGAUAACGACCACGAUGAUCUCAGCCAGUCGAAGUAUCAAGACAGCAUCCCUUUAUCGCCACCACAUAUUAAUAACCUGACUAACACGACAAUAACAAAAGUUCCGGCAGUUCGAGCAGUAACAGCGAAAACCGUGGAAAAUCUUCCGCACGGUCUGACGGGCAUGAAGCACGACGACUAUCCGCCAGGAUUCGGAGGAGGAUCUGCUAUAUUGGACACUUACCUGCAGUACAUCGGAGAAAACGUGUUUGGAAUGAACCCAGCAAAAUUUGCUCAAAUGAAUGCAAUGCACAUGGAAAGGAAAACUUAUGAUGAACCCUCGCCACAGAUGGGCUCACUACCACCACCGCCGACCACUCUUGCUCAUCAACGUUUUUUAAAACAAAUGCAAAGACAAUACACUGAGAACAUGGGAAAGCCUGAUAUCAUGCGAGACUCAGAGGAACCGCUCGAUUUGGGCAAAGAAAGACAAAGGAACGACAGCAUCAGCGAAGCCGACACCGACAGACAUGACAUGGAUAAGGAUCUAAAUAAAGAUUAUUACACCAAGACUUAUAACGAUGAAGACAGAAAUAGAAUACAUAGUUCGGAGCAGGACGGGGAUAAUAUGACGGUUCAUGACGACGGCGACUUUUCCGAAGAGGAACACAACAAGGCCGCGGCUUCAUGAAAUGUCCUUUGCGACUUUCCGUAUUAGUGCAUGUAAACUGAGAACAAUAUUUUUGUUGAUGGUUUCAAACGGUGCUUGAGUGUUAUGUUACGUCAUUAGCUGAUGUUGAAACGGUUUUAUUGUUGACCCGUGGAAUGUCAUUGGUGCCAUUACCGAUGUAAUGUAAAUUAAGUUAGGUUAUGGAAUGGUCUUGCACAAAGUUGACGUGAUAAUAUGGCUAUCUGAGUCAAUACGCUCGUGUCAACUUUCAACCCUCGUUCUUUUGGAGUCGGAUAAGAAACCGUAGCAACAGUUAGAGAGUAUACCUUACCCGACCGAGAUGCCAUAUGUCACUAGUGUAACCUGAACACGUUAGUUCGAGUCGACUCGCCACUUGUGAGAUUGUUUCAGUAGUAUACUAAUCUAGUGAGUAGUGACUUUGUAUUAUAUGUAAGGUCCCUGUCACGUAGUAGGGCCUCUUACAUAGUAAUUCCAUCCAACUACCUCAACGUUCGGGCCAAUGCGGCGACGAUUAUAAAAUAUAUAUCCACACAAAUUGUGAAUUCCAUCCAUCUACCUCACUUCAAUAGAUUUUAUUUAAUAUUUUAUACAAUUUAUAGAUAUAAUAACUGUUGUUUUAUGCAUUUUGCAGAUUGCAUUUAUAUAUAUACUAUAUAGAGUAUAUUGUAGGUAAAAUAUUAUGCAAGUCAUUAGGUGGUUAUUAGUGCUGCCCGUAGAUACGUGUAUACUAAACGUUUAUUUAAAAUAGUGAAUGCACUCACUAGAGAAACAUUAGACUGUGUCACAAUAGUAGCGAGUAAUACAUUACCUUAUAUUGAACGAGCACACUUUAUAUUUAGAGAACAAAUAUCUUUGUAUACGAACAAACAUAACAGAGCUUAACUAUACUAUACAAUUUUCGUAUAAAGAGUCGCUUAUACGAGUCGAGAAGAUAAUAAAUAUAUGUUUAUAGAGUUCUUUACGAGCAGAUUCUAAAUUGUAACAUCUUUUGUCUUGAGACUGAAUAUUUUUCAAGUUUUUCGAGCGAUUCGCGACAAGUUCAAAUAUGAUGAUACAUAAAAUAUAUUGAGGUAAUGCGUUGUAAAUAAUAUUUGGUGAUAUGUAAAUUAUAUGAAUAUAGAGAAAUAGAAACAAAAAGCAAUAAAUAAAGUAUACCUUGAUGUUGCCUUCUAAUGUAUGUAAAUAGGAUGCGGGUAGUUCCAAAAUGUGUUGGUCUGUGGCUGUCCGGAUAACCGAUACCGAAUCGAUACCGAGGCGCAUGAGUGUUUAUUUUGUAGUAAUAAUGUGGGCUGGUUACUUAACAAAUACUGUGAUUACAAUCUCAUAUUAGCCUUCAAUAAUUAUACAUAUUUUUUAGAGUACAAUGUUAUAGUUAUUUAGUGUAAGUAUAUUGGUAAGCGAGUCACAAAAUAUAUUUACUUCCCGAACUUUAGAAUUCACGUUAAGAGAACUUAGAGCAAUAGAUGGAUCAUGGAGCAUUUAAUCUUUUAUAUGGGAGAUUUUGGAAUAUGUCGAGUUGCCACACUGCAGCUGUCAGCUGUCACUUUUGGCGGCAACGGGGAACUCCGCAGUGCGGUUCGUGGGAGCUGCGACAGAUUCACAAUUAGAAUUAAGUGCUACGGGUUGAUUGAACAUUAUGUUUAGCGUGUUAGUGAGAUUUAAGAAAUAAGUCGGUUUGUGUUUGCGUAUACAUUAACCUUGUUGACAGUUAUCAGUGUUGCCAUAGUGAGUAAUUAUUUCGACUGUACAUAAAAUUUUUGAUUGUUUAGAGAAGUGUGCUUAAUUGACACGAUGUUAUAGUAAUUUUUUAGAAUAUAUUUACCACAAAUACAGUUCAUGAAAUAGUUGUUACAGCACGGUACAUAAGCAAUAGUUACCAGAAUGUGAUCAUGAAAAUAUAUAUUUUUCUGAACACAGUUUUGCAUACCACAGAUUAAAUAUUCUUAGAUUUCGUUGGUAUUAUAUCGAUUUUUGGGAAAUUACAGAUACAUGAGGCUAUUAAAAAUAAAAGCGAAAUUUAUUUUUAGGUGAUUAUUUCAAUAGAACGUUCGGUCGUCACAUGAUUGGUGAUGCGAUCAUCAAGGAAAAGUAAAUCGAUGUAAUACCACGCGUCUAACAGUUGUUGAAUUAUGAAUACUUAUAUUAUAUAUACCAGUGGAGAUAUUAUAAUAAUUAGGACUCUAAGUCAAUCAUUAUGCUCUUAGUAUUGUGUAUAAAGUAUUUUUAGUUACCUUGUGAACUUUGAAAGUUCGACAUCUUUUUUAUCUUAAUACCUCAUUAGUUUCCUUUAAGAUUUUCUUGUUUACUCGAUGUUCCAUGAACAUUAGUGUUUUAUAUAAUUUUUGUGCACUAUAUUAAUUUUUUUUCGUGCAUGUUUAUUAAUUUUGUCUUUGUAAUACGACAAAAUAUAUUGUUUUUGUAUGUUAUCAAGCUUGUCUAUAUUCUCUUAUAUAAAGCACAAACUACGUUUACUUUUAUGGUUGUAAUAAAUAAGCUAUUAGAAAAUUCCAAAAUAGGUACAAAACUACAGUUAUAAAAGCGAAAAAUAUACUAAGAAUUAUUCAGAAAAUUAUCUAUGGUCUUCUUCAGUGUUGCCUUGUUUCGAUUACUUUAUGAUUAGCGAAUUAUUUUUAGAUGAUAAUAUUUAUGUUUAUUCGGUUGGUUGCCAUGUUUUACGCCAUCUUCAUUAGUGUACUAGUUGUAUGCCGCUUCUCUACAUUAUUAUAAACAAAAUAAAAAUAAUUGUUUUGAAAAU